AUGGCAAAGCUGUUGCCUGUGAAGCCUGUGGAAAGGCUGGAAAAGGACAAAGUCAAGCAGCUGGCAGCAUUGAUCAAAGGCUGCAUACCUGAUUGCAAACUUGAAGACUUCCCAGCAGAUCCAGAGAAAGCCUGCAAAAGGCUGCAAACCUUUCUGUGUUUGUGGUACCCAUCCACAAGCAACAAGAAAGCAGAUGAGAGGAAAGCUUUCUCAGAAGCCUGUGGAAAGCUGGAAACCCAUGAGACAAAAGCGAUUGUGAACAAUCUGCAUGAAUACAAAGCUUGGCUGCUCAGAAAAAAAAGAAAUUUGAAGACUGGUGAAAGAACAGACCCAACCCUCAUGGCCUUGUUCAAUGCAAUCCUGCAAAAGGAUAACCAGGGAAUCAAUUUAAGCAGUAGCAGCAGCAGCAUGAAGAUGCCUGGAGAAGAAGAGCUUGAGAAAGCUGAUGAAAAGCCUGUGAAAAGGCUAAGAAGCAAACAGCCUCUGAAUGACAAAGCAGAAGACAAAACAGAGGUGCCAAAGCCUGCAAAGGCCAUAUGCUUUGCUUUUGACACCCCUGGAAGUCAAAAGUCCAAAAGCUGUGACAUAGUGUCUGUUUCCAGUGUUUCCAGUGGUGGCUUUAUGGCACCUGGAGAGUUUUCAGAAGAGCUACCUGAGCCUGCAAAGGCUGGAAAGGCAGGCCAGCUGCAAGACAUGGUUAUGAAGAAAGUGUUUGCAAAGGCACAGGAAGAAAAUAUGACAAAGGCAAGCCUGGUUCACUACAAGAAUGAGCUUUUGGAAGCUGGGGAGGCCCAGGAGGAGCCAGUGAUGGCUCAAGAGGAGCCUGCAGAGGCUGAGUUGGGAACUGAGCCUGGAGAGGCUGAGCCUGGAGAGGCUGAGCCUGGAGAGGCUGACAGCCAGCAAGUGGCUGAUCAGGAGCCUGCAAAGGCUGCACCUGCAAGUGGCUCCAAGCCUGAAAAGGCUUUGCCAGCAAUGGCCACAGAGAAAGCCAAAGCUAAGGCAAAGGCCUUGGCAGCUCCUAGCAAAGCCCAAUGGAAUGAUGUGCAUUACACAAUGAAGAAGCUUGAGAAAGCUGGCAAGAUGGAUUUGCCUGAGAAAUGGAAGAAAGCUUGCUCAGGAGGUCACCAAAGCAAGCGUGAGUUUUACUACCACACAUUUCUCCUAGAUCCAGAGGCCAGCAAAAAAGAAGUUCAUAAGAGUAGCCUGGAAAGGCUUUCGGUGGAAUCAACCAAGUUGAAAGGUUGGUUCACCAAAUGGCAGCUUGGGGAAAUGCAAGGUGCAGUCGCCACCCACCCCAUGUUUGAACAGCUCUGCACAGAAGCCUGCAAAGGCUUACCUGAAAGAGAUCAUGAGAAUGAAGCCUGGGCAAGGCUGGGUGUGAAACAAUAUUACUUCGAACAUUUUGAAGCUGAGAAGGAAAGGCAUGUGAAUGAAAGUACAACUGCGGCCAAGCAAACAGUGGAAGUCUCUGACAGGCAAGAUUUCCAAAAGGCAGAGAAGGCCCUCAUGGCUGAGCCAGACAAUGGCCAAGUGGUUUUUGGAAAGAAAAGCCACAAGGCUGAGGCCAGUGCAGAGGAAGAAAAGCCUGAGGAGGCUUACAAAAAAGCAUACCAAAGCCUGAGUAAGGCUGUGAAGGCUUUCUCAAGUGCAGUUGACAAGCUGCAGUUGCUGAAGACAAGCUUGGCAAACAAGCAGAAGGAGCAGCCCAAUGCACAAGUGGCUGCCAGUGUAGGUGAAAUGGAACACUUGCAAAAGCAACAUGAAGACUUGAAAAGUCAGUGGGUCACCAGGCUGGCUGCAGUUGCCAGCACAUUGCCUGCAGAUGCAGCCAGUGAUGGCUCAGAAACUGAGAAGCUUCAGCAAUGGAAGCAAGAAAUUGAAGAGCAAAACAAAAGCCUGGGUAAGGCUUUGAACCCACACAGAUUGUGGGCCAAGAAUGCAGGUUUGAUUUAA